AUGUCAAACCCAAAUUAUCCCGCCGGCCUAAAAAGACAUGUACAAGGUGACUGAAAUUGUGUGAAAUGUUCAAACUUGAACUUCUCAUUUCGUUUCACCUGCAAUCGUUGUGAGGCAUCGAAACCUGGAGUUGCAGACACACUAUUCAACUCAGCAUUAUUUUUAUUAUUAGACGAGAAUGAAACAGAGAUAUUUAAACAAAACUCAGAUAAAGGAUCAGAAAAUAAAGACCCUACUAGUGACUUUGGGUUUUUAAAGCAACCUGUAAAAAUACAGCCGUUUACUCAGAUGGUAACAAACAUGGAACCAAGAAUUAUUGAAAAUAAUAAAGUAGUUAGGGACAAAAAACAAGUUGAAAAUAUUUUAUCGGAAGUAAAGAGACCAAAUACGGGGAGAUCUGGAGAUUGGGUCUGUUUACAAUGCAAAAAUUUAAAUUUUGCGUUUAGAAAUCAGUGUAAUAAGUGUAGCAAGUAUAAAACAACUUAUAUUGAACUCUAG